GUACUCUGGCAGGUGGAGGGAUUCCGGGUUCAGUGGAGUGGGGGCAUUGGCACUGGCAGGGCUGGCAGUCUUGGGUGGGGGCGGAUUGUGCUACACUUGUAACACCCACCGACGUUUUAAGUGUUAAGUUAUAUUUUUAAUUACUGAAAUAUUACUUCUGUGUUUACACGAAUAUAAGCUAAAUUUUAAGCUUCCAGUGAAAUUGGCUGCAAAAUCUUCAAUGUCUCAUCAGACGGGAAUUAGGGCAAACGAGGCAUUGAGGAAGUUUUUUGGUAAUUGCCGAAGUGGGUCCAUACGUGUCUUCAAAGUUUCUAUUGAAAAUGAGGAAUUGACACUUUCCUCUUACAAGGAGGCAGUAGGUACAUGGGAAGAGGAUUAUGGUGCUUUUGUACACACAUUGAUUGAAGAUGAACAACCUUCUUUCAUCUUGUUUCGAUUGGAUUCACAGAAUACCUCUGGAUAUGAAUGGCUUUUCAUUAGUUGGUCUCCUGAUAGUUCUCAUGUAAGACAGAAAAUGCUGUAUGCUUCGACUAAAGCCACACUGAAACAAGAAUUUGGUAGUGGUCAAAUCAAAGAAGAACUGUAUGGCACUAUUCCUGAAGAGGUUUCCCUACGAGGUUUUCAUCGAUAUAAAUCUGCGGCUGUAGAACCAGCUCCCCUAACACAUGCAGAAGAGGAAUUAGCACUCUUAAAGCGAACUGAGGUGUCAGUUGGAAUGAGCAUUGACUCUCGUCAACAAACAUUGUCUGGAGUUGCAUUUCCCAUAUCAUCUCAAGUUCUUGAAGCUAUAAGAGCUUUGCAAAGCAAUAAAGUAAAUUAUGUUCAACUGAAAAUAGAUUUAAAAGAAGAAGAAAUUCUCCUUGACAAUGUAGACAACAUUCAUGUGAAUAAACUUGUGGAGAAAGUGCCUUCAGAUAAUGCACGGUAUCACCUUUUCAAUUUUAAGCACACUCAUGAAGGGGAUUAUAUGGAGAGUGUCGUAUUCAUUUACUCCAUGCCUGGAUAUUCUUGUUCUAUAAAAGAGAGAAUGCUGUAUUCCAGUUGCAAAGGUCCUCUACUUGACACCAUUGAAAACAAACUAGGAGUAGCAAUUGUUAAAAAGCUCGAAAUUGACUCUGGGUCAGAGUUAACAGAAGACUAUCUCCAAGAUGAAUUACAUCCAAAGAAGAAACUGCACACUGUAAAAUUUGAUAAGCCGAAGGGUCCUCCAAAUAGAGGUGCAAAACGUAUCACAAAACCACAAACUGCUGUUAAUUGAAGUCGUGAGGAAUUUUAUAUACUAAAACAUUUGUAUGAAGGAACUCGGUUCAAAACUAUCAUAUUGAAAUCAACAUUUUUGUAGGAAUAUUGCUGAAAAUAGGUGUAGCAUUUUAUUUAAUGCAUCAUCGAACAGUAACUUGUGCAAACUUAUGGAGCAAGUUUGUAUUUUUGUAAAGUUCUUGCAAUGUUGAUAAAUAUAUUAUUCAAUGAAAUAUUUUUGUAUUAAUUUUUUUUUAAAUGCAUAUGCCUUUGUUAUCCUUGUUCCCUC